AAUCGAGCUUCGGAGGUUGGAUUUCAAAGGCAGGGCCAUGGGAGAAGCACGGAACAAGCAAAUCAUCUUCAACAAUUUUAUUACGGGAGUUCCCAAGGAGACGGACAUGGGACUGAAGGAAGGAAAGAUGAAACUAGAGGUUCCACAAGGAUCUGGAGCAGUUCUUGUGAAAAACUUCUAUCUUUCCUGUGAUCCUUAUAUGAGAGGAAGAAUGCGAGAGUAUUACGAGUCUUACAUCCCUCCAUUUGUUCCUGGAUCGGUCAUCGAAGGAUUUGGUGUGUCCAAAGUAGUAGCUUCGGACAAUCCAAAUUUCAAAGCAGGUGAUUUGGUUUCAGGAAUAACUGGUUGGGAAGAGUACAGUUUGAUUCAGAGAACUGAACAACUGAGGAAAAUUCAGCAGGCUGAUGUCCCCUUGUCGUAUUAUGUGGGUCUUUUAGGUAUGCCGGGUUUCACAGCUUAUGCAGGAUUCUAUGAAGUCUGUUCACCUAAAAAAGGAGAAUAUGUCUUUGUAUCUGCAGCCUCUGGGGCAGUUGGUCAGCUUGUUGGCCAACUUGCCAAGCUAUAUGGGUGUUAUGUAGUUGGAAGUGCUGGCUCAAAGCAAAAGGUUGAUCUUCUAAAAAACAAUCUAGGAUUUGAUGAAGCUUUCAAUUACAAAGAAGAGCCAGAUUUUGAUGCUGCUUUAAAAAGGUACUUCCCACAAGGCAUUGACAUCUACUUUGAUAAUGUGGGUGGUACCAUGCUUGAUGCCGCACUUCUCAAUAUGAAGAUUCAUGGCCGCAUUGCCAUUUGUGGGAUGGUAUCUGAGCAGAGCCUCUCUGAGCCUAAGGGGAUCUGCAACGUGUAUAUGCUCAUAACAAAACGCAUAACAAUGAAGGGGUUCUUACAGAGUGAUUACUUGCAUUUAUUCCCUAACUUCUUGGAACAAAUUAUUAGCGACUACAAGCAGGGGAAGAUUGUGUACAUAGAAGACAUGAAUGAAGGCCUGGAAAGUGCUCCGGCUGCCUUCGUUGGUCUAUUUUCUGGAAAAAAUGUUGGUAAGCAGGUCAUUCAUGUUGCCCAUGAAUAAGUAUCAUGCAUGUCACCUUCUUUAUUAUAUUUGUGGUAAAGUCUUUGCUCCAAAUUCAUCUGUGUUUCCUUGUUCUAUGGGGUUUGGUAUUUUGGAUAGGGAGAUCAGGAUGUUGAAUAACAGAUGUUGCUCUGGUUAAUAAAGAUGAUCUAAUAUUCAAAUGUUGUA